AUGAGCACGAGCGCUGCACCGAGCCAUCCGCAGUUUGAUGCGGCUGCUCAGGAUGAGCGGCACUCGAGCGUGCCGUCCAAUAUACGCGGGAUCUUUGUUGCAGAGUUCCUUGUCAAGGAAGGCAACACGAUUGUCUAUUCGUACCCCGACAAUCUCGACGUGAAUGGAUUCGAGUGGAAAACGCUUCCGAGCGGGGCGCACAAUAUCAAGCGCGAUAUCAUCUACUUUGAGCCAGGACAAGAGUCUGCAUCUUUUUUUACAUUCUGCGUCGCCGCGUUUCGUGCGAGGAAACUCAGUCCGAGCGAGAUGGCCAACGAUAUUAUCGGAUUGCGUGGAUUGCGUGCACUGAGUGUCGGUGUUGUCAUUGCGUGCAGCUCUUCCGAUGUGAGCGACGAGCUGACACAGAUUCUGCCGCACAUUGCGCAUCUCGAAGCGCUUGCUGACCGUGUCAUACACGGCGAGGACCCGUCGAUUGUACAAGGCUAUGCGGAACGGUUUUUAUUAGAUACGCGCAUCCUCCCUAUGCAUGUACCAGCCCCACAACCUAUGCUCGAGUGCUUGGAAUACGAUCCAGUGACCUACCUGUGUGCAGUCAACCGCUUCCUCGGCCCGCUCAUUGUGCCUUUGCUCAAAUUUUUGCAGCUUCCGCGGAAGCGCUUGCUGCUGUACUGCCCACCGCCCACGGAACGCGCGGCUAUCAUUGCGUACAAUUUAGCAGAGCUCGUCCGUGCUGCAUUUUUGCACAUGGACCACAAGUCGCGCAAUAUCCGAGUGCGUGGGCUGUAUACCGUGCUGGACUUGGAGGGCCUGUUGGAGGAGGCUAACACGGGAAACCCCGCGUACACAUGGAUUGCGUGGACGACAGAUAAACUUUUUUUGGAGCGGACUACCUUAUACGACAUCAUCCUGGAUGUAUCGCCGUUUGUAUACCCCGACGCGCACUGCCAGUUUCCUGCAGCGUGUCCUAUGGCCAAAUUUGUCUCGCGUCCCGAGAAUGUUGCCCGAACGCUGCGCUGGAGUACCACGGACGUCACUUUAUUUUGGGAAUUGGCCGAGCAGGAGCGUAGGUAUGAGCAGAUCCUGGAAGAGCAUGGGCGACAGAACCUGGCUGCUUGGAAAGAGGAGCGCCAUGGGCGAAACCUUGGGAUGGAUCCGAUGCGUGUUGUGCUGCCUCCCACAUGGCGCUACUUGCAACAGGAUGCACGGUUUCUUCCUUUCGGCUACGCGAUUAUCAUACUCGCCACCGUCCGAUUCUGGAUGACCGAGUGGUGGCUUGUGCGCUCACAGCUCCAAGUCGUGCUCCCAUCUUCCCUUGUUUUUCCGCUGGGCGUGCGUGAUGAUGGCGGGAUGAGCAUGGGGAUUGUCGAUCUUACAGGGAACGUGGUUUCCGACGAGCAGGGCGCGCUGAAAGGAGCGCACGAAAGCUUUUCGGCUUCCAAGGCGCCGCAGCAUGCAAUGGACGAUGACGACUCCUUGCAUGCAGAGAGUGCUUUUUCGUCCGAAUCGCUGGACCCACUGGUUCUCGCGUGCGGGAUUCAUCCGGAUCGGAGUAGCACACCAUUUUGCUCCAGGUCGGGCGGCAAUUCGCCGUCGCGUGCGCGCCAUGUUUGCAGGGAUCGCUCCAUUAUUCCUGCCCAUCCGCGCUUCUCCCCAAUGUGUGCGCCGCACCUUCCUCAGGAAAUAAUGGCUAGUGUGUACCUGUUUACACUAUGGAGCAGCUAUAUUCGCGCAAUGCAUGUCCAGGCGUCGGCGUUCCUUGCGGGUCGGAUAGAGAAGCUGCCUACGCCCCAUGCGGCGCCAACAGCAUCGACGCCGCUGCUUCAUCGCGGCACGCUGCCCUACGCCGUCUUUCUUACACCGAAAGAGGUGAGCGAUCUGUCGCUUGACUCUAACAACGACCUGGAUCUCGAGCUGCUGCGCAGCAUUACGGCCACACACGAGCCAUGUGCGCUGCACAUUGAGCAAGCGUGGUGGUCGAGCUGGUUUGCCUAG